AUGCCGCCGCAGAGCAGAGGCAAUGGCCUUCCGACAGGCUUCAUCUCGAAAUCGACUCCCAAUCUCCCGACGCUCAGCUCGCUCAAUUCCGACCUGCCGCCCGCGUCCAAUCCCCCAAGCGCCAAAACCGACGCGCCCAGCAACCCUCUCUCCCCGACCGACACGAACACCUCGCCAUCAGAAGCAGCCUCGGUAGAAGACAACCUCUCCACCGAAGACCUCUUCACCUUCGACGACGCCUCGGGCACCAGCAGCGCCUCAGACGAUGACUUCGACCUCGACUUCGACGACGACACCGCCAACCUCGGCGGCGGCGGCGGCGGCGGCGACGGCGGCGCCGGCAUGCGCAGCACCAGCACCGACGGCAACGAGCGGCCGCGCCGCCCGCUGUACUCGCACGCGUCGCGCUCGCACUCGGCGCUGCCCCAGACGUCGUCGGCGCUGUUCCCGCCCUUCUACAACCGCCCGCCCACGCCGCUGCCCCCCAGCCCGUCGCUGACGUCGCUGCUGCGCCCCUCGUCCUUCUCCGCCCAAACGUCGCGGCCCACCACCCCCGACUCCUCCGACGUCGAGGGCAUGCCGUCCAGCGCGGCCGCAGGCAGCCGUCGCGCCGCCAGCGCCGCCGACGCCGGAGGCGCCGACCCGGGCAUCCGGCGCGCGCCGAGCGCGACGUCGGCCAUGAGCGCGUCGGGGACGAGCGGCGGCACGGGCACGAGCACGCCGACGGGAGGGGGCGCGACGAUGACAAGCGGCGGUGGCGUCGGCGUCGGCGUCGGCGGCAGCAGCAGCAGCAACAACAACAGCAUGGCGACGGCGUUUGCGGCGGCGACGCUGGUGCCGCGGGCGAGCCCCAAGGUGCCGACGUACGAGUACUACGGCUUCUUCAUCUACCUGGCGUCGAGCUUCGCGUUCCUCAUGUACCUGCUGUGGGCGUACCUGCCGCGGCCCUUCCUGCACCAGCUCGGCAUCUACUACUACCCCAACCGGUGGUGGGCGCUGGCCGUGCCCGCCUGGCUCGUCGCGCUCGUCGUCUACAUCUACGUCGCGCUGGCGAGCUACAACCUCGGCUACCUGACGCUGCCCAUGGGCAGCACCGAGAACAUCGUCGACGACGCGGCGCAGAUCGCGACGCUGGACUCGAGGGGCAGGGUCGUGCGCAAAGGCAAGGGCGGCAAGGUGGAGAAGGUGCCGGUGAGCAAGGGGGCGGCCGGCGGGAGGCAUAGCAGGGACGGGUCGGUGAGGGACGCCAAGGGCGGGGCCGGGUACGCGGUCGAGUCCGGGACGAUUGUGGAUUGGAAGACCAUCUGGGGCGAAAGCACCGACGCGGUGCUGGAUGUGCCGGUUGGCGGUGUUUGUGAGAUUCUGUAUGGGGACGGACGGGAGACGGAUGACGAUGAGGGCGAAAUGAAUGGGGAGGUGAACGGCGCGUUGUAG